GUAACAGGCUGGAUGAAGGCUCUGACGUCGAAUCUGAACCAGACCUGCCUUUGAAGCGCAAGCAACGCCGCAGCCGAACCACUUUCACCGCUGAGCAGCUGGAGGAGCUGGAGAAGGCCUUUGAGAGGACCCACUACCCAGACAUCUACACGCGGGAGGAGCUCGCUCAGAGAACCAAGCUCACCGAGGCUCGAGUUCAGGUGUGGUUCAGCAACCGAAGAGCGCGAUGGCGCAAACAGGCGGGAGCAAACCAACUUGCAGCUUUCAAUCACCUGCUGCCGGGGGGAAUGCCGACUCUUCCCCCGUACCAGCUACCGGACUCCACCUACCCAACAACCACCAUUUCCCAAGACGGGGGAAGCACCGUACACAGACCCCAGCCCCUGCCGCCGUCCACCAUGCACCAGGGAGGGCUUGCCGCAGCCGCCGCUGCCGACACCGGCUCUGCCUAUGGGGCCCGGCACAGCUUCUCCAGCUACUCGGACAGUUUCAUGAACGCUGCAGCUCCUGCCAACCACAUGAACCCUGUUAGCAACGGCCUCUCUCCGCAG